AUGGGCAGAGAUCGAGAGUCGGCAAUCAUGCUCUCUGACAAAGUUCGGUUUUACAAGGACUUCACAGCUGCUCUCAUCAGGAUCACUUACGCUGACAUUUGUCAUAAAGUGCAGGCUUUCGAACAUCGGUUAACAUACCGACAAUCACCAUCCGCAAAGAAUGUCGUCGUCGUGGGAGGAUCAUUCUCUGGCGCGUUUCUGGCCCAGAGGUUAGCCAGCACGUUGCCGACAGGAUAUCGAGUCGUCCUGAUAGAGAAGAACUCCCACUUCAACUACGUCUUCAACUUCCCUCGUUACUCCGUGCUCCGGGGACGCGAGCAUCUGGCAUUCAUUCCUUACACCAACCUUGCGCGGAACGCUCCGCCAGGAAUCUUUCAUCACGUCCAGGACACCGUAACGCAGAUCGAAGGUGACCGAAUACAACUCAAGUCGGGAAAUGCACUCAGCUUCGACUAUUUGGCCAUUGCAACAGGGACGUCACGCGGUCCGCCCGCAAGGCUCUCGUCUUCGGCAAAGGCAGAUGCCUGCACGGAACUCCAACGCGCCCAACAAAGCCUAUCUGCAGCGCAGAAGAUUGCUGUCAUAGGCGGCGGACCGGUGGGAGUCCAGUUGGCCACAGACAUUAAAAGUGUAUAUCCCACAAAGUGCGUGUCACUCAUCCACUCGCAUGAUCGACUGCUGCCCAGCUUCGGCCAGCGUGUCCAAGACUACGCGACCAAGGAAGUGAAGGACAUGGGCGUGGACGUUAUUCUCCAGGCGAGGCCAACGAUACUCAAACAACUGACAGCUGAGCCUGAGGCUAACAGCAUCCGACUUCGCUUUGAGAAUGGCCGUGAAGAGGAUUUCGAUCUAGUGAUUCCGUGCAUAGGCCAACGGCCGAACUCUUCUUUCGUACGCAGCCUCGCUCCAGAAUCCAUCUCCAUGUCUUCCGGCAGAUUGCUGGUCAAGCCAACCCUUCAGCUUGCGGGGGAACGAUAUCCCAACAUAUUUGCAUUGGGAGAUGUUGCGGAGACGCUGGGUCCCAAGAUGGCACGCGCAGGUAUCUCACAGGCCGAAGUCGUCUGCAAGAAUAUCGUCUCCAUGAUCAAGCGAAGAGAGCGCUUGAAAGAAUAUGUACCAGAUCCGCUAGAAGGCGCUUUGAAACUCAGUCUAGGAAUCAAACGAUGGGUUAUCUCCUAUACCAAAAGCAAUGGUCGAGAAAUUCUGUUCGAUGGCGAAGAUAAAUCAGUCGACAUGGAUGCUGCGCAGACAUGGAAACAGCUGGGUGAAGAUAUUGAGACUGCCACUGCCCAGGACAAGGAGACCGGUGUCAUGCGAGAAUCAUUGUCCGACAAAGCACCCAAGGAGUAG